GAGUUUGUGCGGUAUAUAAAAUCAACAAGACGCUAAUGCAUCCGAUUAGUCAAGGUUCUGAUUUCAGACAGUGCAAAACGACGUGGUCCCCUGUAUUAGUAGAACGUUCCAAGAUGGCCAAACUGGUGCUAAUAAUUGUAGCUCUCUGUCUCGUGCAGGUUUCACUGGCCCGUGUUACCCGAGAUGCUCCCGCCGUGGCGGAAGACACUUCUUUCUUCAAAACCCUCACUGAUUUUGGCGCCAAGGUUCAGGAAGCGUUCGUUGAAACGCAACAAAGUGUUCUAAAGUCGCUCGGUUUCCAAUCGAAUGAAGAGGUUAUCGAAACCAUUAAAAAGAACACCAACAAAUACAUUGAACAACUCAAAGCUAUUCAGAACACCAUCCAGGAGGAAGCUCAAAAACAAGCGAGUGCAUUUGAACCGAUCGUUAAAGAUUUGAAUGCUAAAAUUUCGGAAACAACGAAGAAGCUCAGUGAACAAAAUCCGGAGGUAGUCGAGAAAGCUAAAGAAUACCAGGAAAGCGUUCAGGCCAACAUUCAGGCACUGGUUACCGAAGCCCAGAAAGCUGGCGAUCGAUUGCGUGAAGAAGGUCAAGGUGUAUCUGAACAGUUUCAAACUGCGUUGAAACAGCUGUACGAUGUUACCGUCCAAACACUACAGAAAACUUCCAACGAAUUGGAACCGAAGAAAGUCGAGUGAUAUCAAUUUGUUUUCAAUUAGUGUUAGUAUUAUAUUAUUGGAAAGGUGAAACAGCGAUCUGUCAAUAAAUGAUUCAACUCAUUCGCCGAUA